CUCCAUCGUUCCGGCGACCCGACAGGCGCCGAGAACGCCCAUGCAGCCCACACGCCGCCGGCCGCCGUUCCCACUAUUUCCUGCUACCUGGUUCGUGGAUAGAGUGCUCCGACGGCGUUGCUUGUUUCUCUUGGACAUCUUGGACCUCACAUCUCGGCGCGGUGAAGAUUCUCUAGCACACUACUACUUAGACACCACAGCAACGUCUGUGCCUCGUCUCGAUCUACCCCGUGGCCCCCAUUUCGAUCAUCAAGAUGGCUACACCAAGCGCCAACUUCGUUGUUGGAGCGGGCACGCCCGAAGUUACUAGGGCCUCCGCCGCCGAAGUCGAGACCCGCAACGAUGUCGAGACACCACUCGACACCCCUACCGAGAAGAACUUGGAACUCGCUCAGAACCUGACUUCGGACGGGUUGUCGCGGACUGACACGCGGGUCUCGUUUGAGCAGCCGAUCGGCGUCACAAAGAUCGAGUCGCUGUACAUGGUGUUCGGUAAAGGAUGGAAGUUGUUCUUCCUGUGGUUGUCCAUUGCGCUCGUGGCAUACGUGUGGUCUCUCGCCGUCAUCACCACUGGCAUUUACGCCGCCUUCGCGACCUCCUUCUGGGGCAAGCAUACGGUCAUUGGUCUCAUUGCUGUCAUCAACAACCUGAUUGCUGCUGUUAUCAUGCCGAUUCUCGCCAAGGUGUGCGACAUCAUGUCCCGCCCCUCGGGCCUGUUCAUCUCCGCUGCUCUCUUUACGCUCGGGUACAUCAUCGUUGCCGCCGCGCCGACAAUUCACGCCGUUGUCGGUGGUGAGGCCAUCUACACCGCCGGCCGCACGGGCACCUACCAGGUCAUGCACAUCCUCAUUAGUGACAUGACGCCGCUGCGCUGGCGCGGCGUUGUGCUCGGGGCCUACUCGCUGCCCUUCGUCCUCAACGGCUUCGUCGCUGGUCUCAUCACUGCCAACAUCCGUGCACUGUCUAUGGCAGGCGGUGAGGGUUGGCGCUGGGGCUUUGGAAUGUUCGGCAUCAUCGUACCCGCCGCCUGCGGGCCCGCCAUUGUCGUCAUGUACUGGGGCCACUACCGAGCCAAGAAGCUGGGCGCUCUCUCGCUCGCGUCUUCGUCGUACACCCGCCGGCGUAUCCUUGAGGGUGAGGGCAUUGCCCCCAAGCGCACGCGCAAGGAGACCUUGAUUUGGCUGUUCUGGGAGGGCGAUGUCGUUGGCCUCAUCCUCUUCGCCUUCGCCUUCGGCCUCAUCCUCGCCCCACCAACCCUCGAGCCCAUCACUGCGGGGGGUUACAAGGACCCUUCGCUUAUUGCCAUGUUUGCCGUCGGUGCCGUCAUCUUCUUCGCGUUCCUUGCCUGGGAGAUGUUCUACGCCCGUAGCCCCAUCUGCCCGCGCCGCCUUCUUAACCCCACUUUCCUGUCCUGCUUGGCUGUGUCCUUCUUCCACUUCUUCUCAGGUCAGCUCACCGACGCCUACUACAACUCGUGGGUUUAUAUCUUGAAGCCCCAGUGGAGCGACCGCAACUACACGUUCUUCUCGAACAUCCACAACACCGGUCUCUGCAUCUUCGCCACCGUCGCGGGCUUCCUUCUUUACUGGACCAAGCGUUACAAGUACAUCCAGCUGGCGGGUAUCGGCCUUCGCGUCAUUGGCGAGGGUCUCAACUACAUGACCUGGCAGGCCAAGUAUCAGUCGGACGCUUGGCUCAUCGUCUCCAAGACCAUUAUCUCGAUGGGUGCCGGCUUUAUUAUGACCACCACGGCCGUUGCAGCGCCUGCAACUGUUCCUCACCGUGACUUGGCCGUCGCCAUGGCUGUUCUCCACAUGGUUCCCCAGCUCGGCGGCUCUUUCGCUGGCUCGAUCUCGGCCUCGGUCUGGAACUCCAAGGUCCCGGCCAACCUCAAGAAGUACCUCCCGGAACUCUCUGACCGCGACCGUGAGCGUGUGUUUGGCAGCAUCCCCCGUGCGCGUCGCCAGCAGCCCCACGACCUCGUCAACCUCGCAUACAGCGAUGCGAUGCGCCCGCUCUUCAUCGCCGCCAUCGUCUCCUCGUGCCUUGCCUUUGUCAUUGCUAUGUUUGCCAAGGAGAUCGAGCUGAACCGCUCCCACAACAUCGUUGAGGAGCACAAGGAGGUCUACCUUCGCAACAAGGAUGAGGUUACAGACGAGGCAAUUCUUAAGAAGGUCGAGGCGGCUGAGACCAAGGCUCGCAUGGAUAUCUCCAGCAAAGCCCAGUAAGGAUCAUAGAGACAUAGAGCGGAUGCCUACGGGAUGUAUAAUCGGGAUACUGCCGAUAAUUGAAGCAGC